CAUUAGUCUGGUUCAUUUGUUUUGUUUAUAUUAUUUAGUGUUUUCAAAUAAUUUCUUUAUAAAAAAUUAACAUUUUUUUCACCUGUUUUAAAUAAAACCUUCAAGCUGUCGGGCAAAAUCGAUAUUGACAUGAGUUUACCGACGGAUUUUGGACCAGACUCAGGAGGCAGGAUAAAGGGUUUGGUGAUAGUAAAACCCAUUGUUUAUGGUAACGUUGCCAGAUAUUUUGGUAAGAAACGUGAAGAGGACGGUCACACGCAUCAAUGGACUGUGUACGUAAAGCCGUACGCCAACGAGGACAUGUCGGCAUAUAUAAAGAAGAUCCACUUCAAGUUACACGAGAGUUAUGCGAACCCAAACAGAAUAGUAACCAAACCUCCAUAUGAGCUCACAGAGACAGGUUGGGGAGAGUUCGAAAUAGUUAUCAAGAUUUACUUCCAUGAUCCAAAUGAAAGGCCGGUGACACUAUACCACAUUCUCAAGCUAUUCCAAUCACCAGUAACAGAGGGAGCACCACCAACAGUUGGCAGGGCAUUAGUUAGCGAGUCAUACGAGGAGAUAGUAUUCCAAGAGCCAACACAACUAAUGCAACAUUUAUUAAACAGUAUAAAGCCCAUUUCUAACGGACAAUGGACACACGAAACAGAUUUUGAAGAGAAGAAAGAGAAAACGUUAGAAAAAAUAUUAGCCGCUCAAACCAAAGUGAGAAGUGAAAUCACAGAGUUAAAGGAGAAACUGCACCUAGCUAAAGAGACGAUAGCAAAAUUUAAAGAAGAAAUUGCCAAAGUACAAAAUAAUAGUAAUGCCAACUUGUUAACUGCAAUAUAAUCGUACCUUAUACCAUUUUUUAAAUAUAAUAUACACAUUAAG